AUGGAUGAAAACGCUGAGAUUUACGCACAGAUUAAUCCGUACACCACAUUUCGGUCUGCCGUAAAGGCAGAAAAAUACGAUGUUAAAAAUUUGGAGUUGGUGAAGGUGUUCAAACAUAUGCAGUGUUGCGAUUACAGUGGAAUCGCGCAAGUUGAUGUUAUAUUGUGUAAUAUGAUGAUGCUUUUCUCGUCCACACAACCUAGCCCUGAUGCUGCCGUGAAGAGAAACUACUCUGAGAUACUGGGACGCUUAGUUGCUUGUCAGACAUAA